CAGUUUCUAUCCGUCACCCAAACUUAAAAGAAACAUGUUUCUCUUGAAUAUCUGCAUCUAUGCCAGCCUCAUGCUGUCCCUCCCUCAGUGUACACAUCAGUCAUGCACAGAGGGGACACCCAGGCAGUGUGUAGAUGCAGAAUUUGCUCCAGGUACCAAUUUGGCCGGGGAAGGCUUUGAUAUCACCAAAAUGGAACGUAAGGGGGCCUUUGUGCUUGACAUGAAUAGGUGGAAACGCAAGGACAAAACAUGCACCCUGUGCAGCAACCCCUAUCUGGAGAACAAAAAGCAAAAGCUCCCCUUGUCAGUGGUGGACUGGAGACCAAAGCAGUCCUGCAACAUGAAAGUAGCCAGUGCGCUCCACCGGUCCAGUGAGUCCCUGGUCAGUUCCAGCACCUCUUCUGUGGAUAACAACUGGCAGGCCAAUCUAGACGUUAAUGUGGGUAAAAAGGGUGCCUCGUUGAUGCUAGCUGGUACCCAUUCUAAAUUGGCUGAAUACUCCAUGGAAAAAACAAAUAAUGACAAGUUCAGCUUCACAAGCCUCAGCAUGUCCUGUGAGUACUACAGCUACAGAGUGUCCAGCACUCACAAGUUGCACAGGGAAUUUUAUAAAGCAGUCAAACAGCUCCCCAAAAUCUACAGCCCUGAAUCCAAGCAACAGUUUUACAAACUGAUAGACAACUUUGGCACCCAUUACAUCACCAAGGUGAAGUUGGGAGGAAGAGUUCAAUCUGUGACCAGCAUCAGGCAGUGCCAGGCCAGCCUGCAGGGCCUCAGUGUGGAGGAGGUGCAGAUGUGCCUGGAAGUUGAGGCGUCAGCCAGCAUCAAAGCUGAAGCAAAAGCAGAAGUAAAACACUGCCAGAAGGACAUGGACAAGAUGGAAAUGAAGACAUCCUUCUCCGGCCUCUUCAACGACAGGUUCACAGAAAUAAAGGGGGGCCAUACCAUGGAGCCGGACCUUCUAUUCUCUGCUGACAAGGAUCCAUCAGCCUACAAAGAAUGGCUGAACACACUACCACAGAAUCCAGACAUAGUCUCAUACUCCCUGGACUCACUGCAUGAGUUACUGCCUACUAACAUCCCUGUCCUCAAGAACUUGCGCUCAGCCAUUAGCCAUUACAUCCUGGAAAGGGGUCUGUGGAAGAACUGCAGUGACCACUGUCAGGCCGGCAUCAAGAGUGACCCACGAGAUACCUGUGUCUGCCAAUGCCACAAUGAUCCUGCUGUAAACCAAGACUGCUGCCCAACCCGUAAGGGUAUGGCGCGGGUCAUCAUAACUGUACAACGGGCCUCUGGUCUGUGGGGAGACCACACCACAGAAACGGACGGCUAUGUGAAGGUGUCCUUCAAUGGGAUAAUGGUCCGGCGUACUCCUGUCAUUUACAACAACAAUAAUCCACAUUGGGCCACGAUUGUCGACCUGGGCACCCAGGAUUUGUCUUCAGGAAAUAUAGUGAAAUUUGAAGUGUGGGAUGAGGACAACAAGUGGGACGACGACCUGCUGGGACAAUGUGAGCAAUCUCUGUCUGCUGGAGUCAAAGAGGAUCUCUGCAACCUGCAUCAUGGCCAGCUGUUCUACAAAUUGGCGGUGAAAUGUGCUCCGAGUCUGAGUGGAGCUACAUGCAAAGAUUAUAAACCUUCACCUAUGAGUCAAAGUCUGAAGAGGCUGUAUGUGUCCCGUCAUGCACAUCCUGUUCCAAAGGCCAUCCUCUUAGAGAUGGGUGUGUUUGUGAAUGACACAAGUUCACAGAGAAACCAGAGUCUUACUGCGGAGACUCAAAAGUUUGAUUCCAUAUAAUUGGCUUUACUGAUGCAAAA